GCAAUCUGAAGCUCUAGUGAGAAACUCUGCACUGGAUCUCACAUUAUUCCAGAAAACCUGACAAUCUGCUCUCUACACACACACAAAAGGUAAAUUGGCUGACUUAAAUUCAGAGGAGAGCUUUUCUUUCUUUGUUUUUGCUUAGAUUUUGUUCUCCUGAAUAAUCAGCCCAUUCAAAGAGGGAUCUCCUGUCCCUCUGAGGACCCCAACGGCACCAAAAUUGUGGAGUCCUUCGAUGCAUGGAAUGACUCGGAAGCCAAUGCCUACACACAGAUGGACCUGCCUCUUAGAGCCCCAACAAAGAUGACAGUGCAAGAUGUUCCUGGUGCCUUUCCCACAGUGGAUGUCCCAGAUCAUGCCCAUUAUACAAUUGGAAUAGUCAUUCUUAUAGUGGGGAUCACAGGAAGUCUGGGUAAUUUCCUGGUCAUCUAUGCUUUCUGCAGGAGUAGGAGCCUUCAGACUCCAGCCAACAUAUUCAUCAUCAAUCUAGCUAUUAGCGACUUCCUGAUGUCCAUUACACAGUCUCCAGUUUUUUUCACCAACAGCCUCCACAAACGCUGGAUUUUUGGUGAGAAAGGCUGUGAGCUGUAUGGCUUCUGCGGAGCUCUUUUUGGCAUCACAUCUAUGAUCACUUUGAUGGUGAUUGCCUUGGACAGAUAUUUUGUCAUCACAAACCCUAUGGCUUCUGUUGGAGUGACGUCUAAGAAGAAGGCUCUAAUGAUCCUGGUAGGAGUCUGGCUGUACUCUUUGGCUUGGAGCCUCCCGCCCUUCUUUGGAUGGA